AUGUCCCUCCUAGCGAACCCCCUCGUCACAUCAGAGCAACUGUUCCAGCGGCGCUCGGUCGGCGCGCUGCCGAUCGAAAUUCAAGAUGCCAUCUUCUUCGCUACCCAGUCCCUGACCCAAGCCGCCGGCAUCCUCCUUGAACUUCCUCAAUCCGUCACAGCACAAGCCAAUGUCCUUCUAGCGCGCUACUGGCUAGUCGAGAACAUGAUGGCUGACGAGUUCAGCGUACGCACCCUCCUCCCCCUCCUGCCCCCUAGCCCAGAGGCUAACCGUUCCCAGGACGUCUCCGCCGCAAUCCUCUACCUCACAGCGAAGCUUUCCUCACACCCGCGCUCCCCGCGCGAGCUCUCCGCCAUCUACUCCUACCUCCUAUCCAAAUCCUCACCGUUCUUCCGAACUCAACAAUUACAAAACCUCCCUAAAUACGUCCCCCCGCCCGAAUCCCACUACCAAUCCUUCCGCCCGCGCCUCCUGACCCUUGAAUCGCGCAUCCUCGCUGCCCUCUCCUUCAACACCCACGUCGCCCUUCCUCAUCCCCUCGCCAUCACAUACCUGCAGUCAUUAGACUUCUUCUGUCACCCGCGCCGUGAAGCCCUUGCCCGACGGACGAUAGCGUAUCUCAACACCGCGUUGCUGUCCCCCCAGCUGUUGUAUACCACACACCAGCCGCAUGCACUGGCCGUCGCGGCAAUAUAUUGCGCGGCGAGAGACUUGGGGGCAAAGAUGCCUGAGUGUGAGUGGUGGGAGGUGUUUGAUGUGGAGAGGGAGGAGCUGGGGUUUUUGGUGGUGGGGAUGAGGAGUGUAGAGGGCUGGGCGAGGGAACGGUUGAUGGUAGAGGUGCCGACUAGUGAGGGGGGGAUGAUCACGAGGGGGGAUGUGGAGAGGGUUUUAAGGGAGAGGGAGGAGAAGAGGGGGUGA